UGAAUUUGAGAUGAUUAUCUUUCUUGACUGCUUUUUUGCACAAUGCCUGGUGGUGUUCGCAUGCUUUUUUGACACUGCAGCACUCAGGCCAGCCCUGUGUGGUGGUCGAGGCGCACUCACCAUUGGCUCUAGAGCCUAUAGGGGCGUUGCUGUGCAGUUGGUGAGUGCUUAGGGUGCACGGGGUGUUCUAGGGAUGGCUAAGGGAAAGCGUACUUGGCACUGAUCCCUCCUUUCAGUAUAGACUGCAGUUUACAUUAGGCAGCAUUUUUUUUUUUGCUCAGGGGGGGGGAUGAAUGUGUCAUAAAUAGUUCGCGUUUAUAGAGGGGUAGUGGAUGCAUGUUUAGCAAUGCGAUGAGGCCAGUGCACUUUGCAAGACUUGCGCUGCAGAGAGCCUCCGCGGAUCCCACGACCUGUUGCUGACAAGCCGGCGGAGAAGGAGAGGGAGAGGGGGAGCCGCUCGGGAGAGACGGAGGGUACUGCCUUGGAGACGACCGCCGGGGUUUCUUCGCAGAGGAAAUCAUGCAGUUUGCAAUCUGGCUGGUUGGACUAAUGUGUCAUCUGUCAGCACUUGUCCGGGACACUUUGCAACACCGAUUGCAUCCGAAACAAGAAAGCUUCAUCAAGCAGCUGUCAUCAUAUGAAAUCAUCACCCCGCUCCGUGUGAAUGACUUCGGAGAACCAUUCCCCCAUAAAUUGCACUAUAGAAGGAGACGCAGAAGUUUAAAUGAUGACCUGUCGGGCUUACGGGUUCACUACAGGAUUGAUGCAUUCGGGGAACGCUUUCAUCUCAAUCUGAGCGCACACUCCGACUUCAUAGCCCCCUCUUACACAGUGACACACUUGGGAGCAGAACAGAGCAACGACACGGACUCCCACUUCCAUGACCCGAGCAAUAUGCGCCACUGCUUUUUCCGCGGACACGUCAACGCCAAGACGGAGUACCCUGCCGUCUUCAGCCUGUGCACUGGCCUUAUUGGAACAUUUACUACUCAACAUGGAGAAUACUUCUUGGAGCCUCUUUUAAAUGCUGCAGAGGAGGAAUACGAUGAAGAGCACAACAAACCUCACCUUGUCUAUCGGCACGAGAGGAAUAAGAACAUCACCAACACUAACAACAACAACACAAAACCCUGUGCUGCCUCAGAGUCCUCCAAGAGGCCAGUAGCUUUUGAGAGCAGAGGUGACAUAAGAGAGGAGCUGGAUUCCCUAAGAGCCACGAUAGAUGAUCAACACAUUUAUGACAACAACUCCACCAGCGCACACUCCGGAUCCCCACGCAGACGCAAGCGCUUCCUCUCCUACCCUCGCUAUGUUGAGCUGAUGGUGACGGCUGAUGCCAAAAUGGUUCGUCACCAUGGACGCAACUUAGAGCACUACAUCCUAACAAUCAUGUCAGUAGUAGCAGCAGUGUACAAGGACCCCAGCGUAGGAAACCUCAUCAACAUCAUGAUUGUCAAGCUAAUCGUCGUUCACAAUGAACAGGAAGGCCCCACAGUGAGCUUCAAUGCUGCAACGACUCUCCACAACUUCUGUGUCUGGCAGCAGAGCCAAAACGUCCAGGACGACAGCCACCCCUCUCACCAUGACACUGCACUCCUCAUCACUAGAGAAGACAUCUGCCGAGCGAAAGAUAAAUGCGACACUUUAGGGCUGGCGGAGCUGGGGACCAUGUGCGACCAAUACCGCAGCUGCUCCAUCAGUGAGGAGAAUGGAAUUAGUGCCUCGUUCACCAUCGCUCAUGAGCUGGGCCAUGUAUUCAACAUGCCUCAUGAUGAUAACCCAAAGUGCAAGGAGGCCGGCAUGAAGCACCAGUAUCACGUCAUGGCUCCCACCCUCAACUACGACACCAAUCCAUGGUCGUGGUCCAAGUGCAGCCGCAAGUACAUCACAGAGUUCCUAGACACGGGUUAUGGUGAAUGCCUCCUCGAUGAACCUGUAGGUAGAACAUAUGAGCUGCCCACCCUCCUCCCUGGUCAAAUCUACAAUGCCAACAGACAAUGUGAACUGAUGUUUGGACCUGGUUCCCAAAUCUGCCCUUACAUGAAACAGUGCAAGAGGCUGUGGUGUACGAGUGCAGAGGGGGACCAUAAAGGGUGUCGCACACAGCACAUGCCACUGGCAGACGGGACUGACUGUGGAAAUGGAAUGUACUGCAGACACGGGAUGUGUGUAAACAAGGAGCUAGACCUGCAGCCCGUCCACGGAGAGUGGGGUCCCUGGGGGCCCUACAGUGCUUGCUCCAGGUCUUGUGGUGGAGGAACCCGGAGCACCCACAGAGACUGCAACAAGCCUGAACCCAGAAAUGGCGGGAAGUUCUGUGUGGGUCGCAGGAUGAAGUUCCGCUCCUGCAACACUGAGCCAUGUCCGCGAGGACAGAAAGAUUUCCGCGAAGAGCAGUGCUCUCAUUUUGACGGCAAGCACUUCAACAUUAACGGUCUACCUCCUGCUGUCCGCUGGGUCCCAAAGUACAGUGGCAUACUAAUGAAGGAUCGCUGUAAGCUCUUCUGCCGGGUUGCCGGGACUACAGCGUACUAUCAACUGAAGGACCGCGUCAUCGAUGGCACGCCGUGUGGGACAGACACUUAUGACAUCUGUGUUCAAGGCCUCUGCAGGCAAGCAGGCUGUGACCACGUUCUCAACUCAAAGGCCAGGAACGACAAAUGCGGUGUGUGUGGCGGGGACAACUCGUCAUGUAAAACCCUGGCAGGGACCUUCAAUGAUGCUCAGUAUGGUUAUAACACGGUGGUGCGAAUCCCAGCUGGAGCCACAAAUAUUGAUAUCAAACAGGUCAGCUACUCUGGGAAGCCAGAAGACGACAACUACCUCGCAUUAUCUGAUGGCCAGUCCAACUCCCUGCUGAAUGGGAACUUUGUGGUGGCCAUGUUCAAAAGGGAAAUCACCUUCAAGGGAACCGUCAUCGAGUACAGCGGCUCGGACACGAAAGUGGAGCGGAUCAACUGCACCGAGCGGAUCGAGGAGGAGCUCGUUCUACAGGUCUUGUGUGUGGGAAACCUCUACAACCCAGAUGUCCGUUACUCCUUCAACAUACCCAUUGAGGAAAACAGGGAGCAGUUUGUGUGGGAUCCCUCAGGCUCCUGGCUCGAAUGCAGCAGCAACUGUCAGGGUGAGAGAAGGCGAAAGGCAGUUUGUGUGCGUAAGAGUGAUCACCUCGAGGUAUCAGACCAACGCUGUGAACAUUUACCUCGUCCUGUUGCUGUUACUGAGCCCUGCAACACAGACUGUGAAGUCAGGUGGCAUGUUGCUGGAAAGAGCGAAUGUUCAGCUAAGUGUGGCCCUGGAUAUCGCAGCCUGGAUGUUCAGUGUAUGAAGUACAGCAGAGUGAAGAGGCAGAGCGACAGGAUCGAGGCCAGCGCUUGCGGGGACGUUGUGAAACCUCAGACCAGAGAGCCCUGCCAUGGAGACUGUCUGCUAAAGAGCUGGCAGUACAGUGCGUGGUCACAGUGCUCUAAAACAUGUGGACGUGGGAGCCGCAGCAGGGAGUCGUACUGCAUGAACAACCUGGGCAGACGUCUGGUGGACAGAGAGUGCAACGAACACCAGCGAGCCGUCUCUGAAACCUGCAACGACCAGCCGUGUCCGAAGUGGACUGUCAGCGAGUGGAGCGAGUGCCUGGUGACCUGUGGGAAGGGAAUGAGGCACAGACAAGUGUCCUGCAGAAUGGGAGCCGGGGAGGAGAAGCUGAGCGAGCACUUCUGCGACCCGUCCAGCAAACCUGCUGCUGUGGGGGUCUGCGAGCUGCCAGAAUGUGCGUCCUGGCAGGUUGGCGUGUGGGGAGCGUGUGCGGUGACCUGUGGCCAUGGCUACCAGAUGAGGGCUGUAAGGUGUGUGUCAGGGGACUACGGUGACACAGUAAAUGACAGAGAGUGCAAUGCUGCCGCCAGGCCCAGAGACAGCCAGGAUUGUGAGAUGCCGGCAUGUCCGUGGGCCUCGCCGGUAAAAAGCACACCACGUCCUGACAACUCUGCUCAGCUCCUGACUCAGUGGAGAUACGGCUCCUGGACUGCGUGCUCCGUGUCCUGUGGAAAGGGGAAGCGAGCGCGUUAUGUCAGCUGCAGAGAUGCCCAAGGAGGCGUGGCCGAUGAAUCAUACUGUGCCCACCUGCCCCGCCCCCCAGAGACCUCCGUGUGCUUCAGCCCCUGUGGCCAAUGGCGUGCCGGGGAGUGGUCUCCUUGUUCAGUGACCUGUGGCAUUGGAAGAGCCACCAGACAGGUUGUCUGCUCCAACUACCACCAGCCCGUGGACCAGGCUUUCUGUGACCCAGAUGAAAAGCCUGCAACAGAACAGGAUUGCACCUCUGCACCCUGCUCCUCCAUCUACCACCGUCAACGCAUCAAUGACCAGCCCUAUGGAUACCCCCAGGACCCGGGACGCCAUCCUGGACACAGCAACUGGAACGUGCCCUCUGCAGACAACCAGUGGAGGACGGGACCCUGGGGCGCAUGUUCCAGUACCUGUGCAGGAGGCUUCCAGAGACGAGUGGUGGUCUGUCAGGACGCUGAUGGACGCAGCAACAGCUACUGUGAUGAGAGGGUCAAACCUGCCGAGUCAAAGAGCUGCGACUCCGGGCCCUGCCCUCUGUGGAACUACAGCGUCUGGGGAGAGUGUACCCAGACCUGCGGUGGAGGACGGAGGACUCGCCUGGUGGUUUGUCAAAGACCUAACGGUCAGAGACUCAACGACUACAACUGUGACAUCCUGGACAAGCCGCCCGAUAUGGAGCAGUGCAACCUUCAGCCGUGCCCGGGCUCUGCCUCGUGGCACCGCCGACCCUGGAAGCCGUGUUCAGUGAGUUGUGGUCGGGGCACCAAGCAGCGGGAGAUAAACUGUGUUUAUCAGAACCAAACCAAAGUUGAGGAAGAGCAGUGCAGUCAUCUGGCCCGGCCGCGGACACAGAAGGCCUGCCGGGCCCAGGGAUGCCCCAGUUGGAAGGCCAACAAGUGGACAGAGUGUUCUGUGACCUGUGGAGUCGGAGCUCAGAACCGGGAUGUUUACUGCAGACUCAAAAGCACUGGACGGGUCAGACAAGAACUCUGUGAUUCUCACAAUCGCCCUGCCAUCGUCCGGCCAUGUCAAACUGCAGAGUGCACACAUUACACCUGGGUUGCAGGUGAAUGGGAAGACUGUAACGCAACCUGUGGAGAAGGCACGAGUGGCAGAAAGGUUGGGUGCAUGGGCCCGGGGAUGACACCCGUCCAGGAUGAUUACUGUGAGCCUUCAUCACAACCUCCAUCACACCAGCCCUGCAAAGGAGACCCCUGCCACUACAUAUGGAUUACAGGGGAAUGGUCCCAGUGUUCUGCCAGCUGUGGUGUUGGCUAUCAGCAGCGCAUCUCUUCCUGCUCGGUGAUGCCCUCCUCACAGGCUCCACGCCCGUACGCUGCAUCCCAGUCUUCCUCUGCCAGCACCCACUGCCCCCAGCCACACCCUCCUGGCACCCGGCCCUGCCUCCUCCGAGACUGCUCGCACACAACCUACUGGAAGGUCGGCCCGUGGAGCAAGUGUUCGCAGACCUGUGGGGCAGGAGUGAUGGAGCGGAGAGUGGAGUGUGUGACCUCGAAAAGCCAGCCGUCCAAACACUGCCGUCCCUUAGAAAGACCUGAGUCACAGGCUGCAUGUCAAGACAGAGAAUGCCAGUUGUUCUCUUCCUGCCGUGAGGUCCAGCUGAGACAGGGCGUUAAGAUAGACGGGGAAUACUAUCUCAAAGUCAAGUCACGGAUCCUACAGAUUUACUGCGCUGAGAUGCAGUCUGAUUUCCCAAAGGAGUACGUGACCCUGCGCAGCGGGCUGACUGACAACUACUCCGAGGUGUUUGGGCAGAGGUUGCUGAAUCCAUUUGAAUGUCCGUUUAAUGGCAGCAGAAGACAAGAUUGCCAAUGUAGGAAUGACUACUCUGCAGCAGGAUACACACUCUUCCACAAAGUUCGUCUGGACCUCGGCUCCCUGCGGAUAAUGAUCACAGAUCUCCAGUUUUCCCAGACUCCACUCGGCCGACCUGUGCCUUUCGCUACAGCUGGAGAUUGUUACAGUGCAGCCAAGUGUCCACAGGGCCAGUUCAGUAUUAAUCUGAUCGGCACUGGCCUCAAAGUGUCUGAGGCCACCAAGUGGACUUCUCAGGGCAACUAUGUGUCUAUCAAAGUCCACAGGUCUGAGGACGGUACAAGAAUCUACGGUCGCUGUGGUGGUUUCUGUGGGAAGUGCAUUCCCCAGGCUCACAACGGCCUGCUCCUUCAAGUCCACUGAGGGCCCUGCACGCAGAGACCAAACCCUGAACUCUACGCUGAAGACAGAAGCCCAGGAACAUACAUUAAUGUUGAUUUAUUGGACCCUGUAGUCAUCUGUGAGUGUGUUGGAGGAGCGGUAGUCAGCCUACAGUGACAUCCCCAUUUCCCAAAUGGCAGCUAAAACAUACAAGACACUACGCACUGUGCAGUACUGCAGAGUAAGGGCCUCGGUCAGGUCUUUCAUCUAGAUCACUUACCCCUGAGAAAGAGCCAGCAGUGUUUGCUUGCCAACAGUGUUGCACGAUAUCAAACACAUCUGCGCUUUGGAACCUACAAUGCUUUUUCUCUGACACUGUUACACAUUUUUCAAGCAUUAAACAAAGGGAUACAACACCUACAAACACUGGAAACAUGUUACCGCAAACAAAACCUAAUCGAUUACUCUCUUUCUUUGAGAGAAGAACUCAAGUCUUCAAACACAAACAUCUUUUGGCAUUCUCUGAAGUGAAAAAGAGUCUGCAAAAAGAAACUUCUGGACUUUGAUCAUGAUGUAUCUGGAUCUAAUCUUGUUAAACGUUACCUCCCACAUUACUUAGAUAUUUAUGAUUUACAGUUUCAUUGUAGGCUUGUAAAUAUCACUUAUCUCGCUCACUUGAAAUCAUUGGGAAAGUAUUCAAAAACCACACGUAUUUCUUAUAAUGAUCUCAAACCUACAGGGUUGCAUUUAUCUUUUAACAGUAUAACAAACAUAAAGAUGAUAAAUGCACAACAUUAGCAAUAUAAAAAAAUACAGUAUUUUGCUCAUUCUAAAUGCAGAUCAUAUUGGCCAUACAUGUUUAAAGAAUAUACUUUGACAUUUUGGUCUUUACUCACGUCAUGUGUGUAUUUUAUAUGAAGCUAACACCAGUAGUUAGCUUAGCUUAGCACAAAGCGUUGAACAAGGAGGACACUGCCAUCCUGACUCUGCCUGAAGGAAGCAAAAAUUUCCUGUAUCCUGCCUGUGUCACACGCACAAAAACCAAAGUGUAGAAAGGAAAAUUUGGUGCAUACAGGGAUUUUUAACAUAUAGUGUUUCUUGAAAAUCACUUUUUGUCUUGAGUGCAGACAUAACUCUGGAGGUUCUUACACGAACAGUCAGACUGCACCUUCAGUCGGGCGUUUUUACUUCAGCACAGAGUCAGACUGUCUGUUUCCCCUUUUUCCAGUCUUUCAACAAAGCUAAGCUAACUAGCAGUGCAGGUCUGUUUUUUGCAUGAUCCUCUCAUCCAAAAUGUAUAUGACAAGAUGUCAAACUAUUCCAUUGAUUUUCAGGACUGAUUGAAUGGUUAAGCCAGGAUCUAACUACUGAUACCCUUCAAGACUCGCCUUAUGUCAAAGGUCAAGUUUUAGGAAACACAAGGUGCCUUUUGAACACCUUCAGAUCAUUUCAGUUUUUAAUAACUCUGUCUGCUUUCAGCUGCUUUUGGAUAUUUAACAAAACUACUCAGCCCACAGAGGCAGUCGGAAACCUGACCCAUGACUGUCAUAUAGAGACAGGAUUAACUCUAGUGCUGUGAGGAAGUAGGUGAAAUACUUCCUUGUGUUUGAGGCGAGUAAACACGUUUUGUCUGUGGCUUGUUUCUGAGGAUUCUUUUGUUUUAGUUUUGAAUGUGUUUUUAUUUGUAUUUAAAUCACGCCACACAAAGUUCUCAUCUGUUACAUCGUGACACAGUAUCAGGUGUGUUGUCUCACCUCACACCCUCCAUUGGGCCUACUGUAGGUACCUGCAACCCCUACCUCUCAUAAACAUCCAUACUCUACCGAGAUAUGUGUUGUAAUAUAUAAAUAUAUAUGUUUGAUCAUAUUUAUUCUGUAAUGACUGUAGAUAUGUUCUGUGUUUUAAGGGUACAAUGACUACUACCAAUGCGGAGGGCAAUGUCCGGUGAUUUUUGUCCUUUGCCUGCUUUGCUUAAAGAGGUAUUAGCUAACUACUAUUAGUAGUAUAUAACCACUAACCUUAACGAGGAUCUUUUGAAUGGUGCUUUUGAACUACUGGAAUUACCUCUGGUCUUGAGAAGGAAAACACUGGCUUUGUCUCUUAAGCAGACAUAGGAUCUGCAUCGAAAGCAUGUUACGGUCCUCUUAUUAAUAUUGCUGAAAAUCUAGCUGCAAGGCUACCAGAUACCAGACAAACCACUGCAUGAGGAAAUCUGCUCUGGAGUAGUACUAAACUCAUCCUAAAUGACUCUCAUCAUGACCACUACUACAACUACCAUGCAACCUAACACGCUCGGAUGUUAAGCUUUAACCAAAGUUAGAAGAUAGAUGCAGAUUUUAUUCUCUUCUCAGACAAUGCAGCUUCUUUUGAUUGAAAGAGCGGCUGAAAAAUAAAUAAAAAUAAGUCAAUGAGCAGCUAGAAAACCUUUGGCCGUCAUUCAAUUUUUUUUAUGAUGGUUAAUUGUUCUAUGAGGUCUGUAUCAGAAAGUUAAAGAUUACUUGAUGCACUAUGUGCCAUAAAUUUUGUAGAAAUGUAAUCCUGUUUGUCCUUUUUUUUUGUUUUGUUUUUGUAAUAACCGUUAAGAUUUGUAACUUAUGAUAUAUGUGUAUUUUUAAUAUUCAUACUUGAAUUGUAAACAGAGUGCUAAAUAUUGAAUGAGCAUUGGUACUGAACAGAGAGACAGAGUGCUUGUUUGCCAGGCUUAAUCCAAAGAAGUUUUUAAGAAUCAUAUGUACCUUACAGUAUGUAUGUCUGUAGCCUGUAUAAAAGAAAUGAAUGAUUGACUCUGGUGCUAUGGUUACUAAUCCUUACAAUACUGUAUGUCUUGCUACUUUACUAACACUGUAAAAAAAUAUAUAUGUAAUAAUAAAAGGUGCUUUUCAGCUGUCUCACAAGU